CUUAUUCUAUAGUUACAGAUGGAGAAUGUUUUGAAAAAGGAUUUAUCCAUCGAAAUGGAAAUAGGGGAGGAUAGAGUCAAGGUGCUACAUGACUGGAUAUCUGAUCUCUGUGAUCCAGAAACCAAUUUUUCCUCCUCCCUUAUGCAACAUUUUCACAUGGUUUGCCAACCUAGUACAGCUGGGGAUGGCGAGACAGAUAAAACUAAAGACCUGGAGAAGAUGGGGUUCAACUCCGACCCUUCUCCUUUAUUUACAGACUUUCAGGAGUCGGCUGGGGCCGUUGUUUACAAAUCAGUCGAAGGAUCAAUGUUUGAAGGGCACUAUACAAACGGAAGACCCAAUGGUUACUUUAGAAAAAUCAACUCUGAUGGAGAUAUUGAUUUAUUUGCUUGUUUUGUCCAGGGUAGUCUGCAUGGAAACUGUUGGAAAGGAUUAACAGGAGGUGGGUUUCUAGUGUCUAAUUCUACUGAAUUUAGUGGAUCUACAACUAUGUACCUUUACCCUGACUGCAGAACUGUUUUAUAUGGAAACUUCUAUAAGGGACAGAUGGUACAGGGUCGGCUUUGUAACAUAAUAGGUGCAGCAGGACAUUGCUCUUCUUCAUGUGGAAUGUUAAAACCAGUUCUAACCCCACCUAGCGGCCAGGUGUACAGCUAUGACCCCUCCACAAGUAUUAGAAUAUGCAGUGAACCACUCCUUCCAGAUCCAUACGAGGCGGAGUUUGUUAAAGUUGGAGAAAGUACAGUACCUGGAGCUGGAGAAGGACUUUUUGCUAGAACAGAUAUCGAGGUUGGAACAGUAAUUAGUUUCUAUAAUGGAAUAAGAAUUCCACCUCUGGAGGGAAUUGAUUCUCAUGAUUUACGGGAUUACAGAAUAAGUCUUGAUGAUGAUCUUGAACUUGACAUACCCCUGGAUAUGAUCUCAACAUCUGAAUACUGUGCAACAUUAUCCCAUAAAGUUAAAACCGUCGGGGAGUCCUAA